AUGGCCAAGGUCAACACCCAAUGCUCUCAGCCCUCCCCGACCCAACUUUCAAUAAAGGACGCGGACAGAGACCUCGGUCACGUAGAGAAUGGCCUCAGCAGAGUGUCACGCCUCAUUAUCUCAAUUCGCUCGUGGGCUGCCAGGCACUUACACCAUGAAGACCAGACACCUGACUCUUUUUUGGAUCGAUUUCAUGGAGCUGAGCUUAAGGAGGUGUCCAGCCAGGAAAGCAAUGCCCACCAGCCCAACCCAGGAGGACAGGAGCCACCAGACGAAGGGAAAGGCAGGAAGAAGGACCCCAUUGUGGUAGACCCCUCCAGCAGCAUCUACUACCGCUGGCUGACGGCCAUCGCACUGCCGGUCUUCUAUAACUGGUGUCUUCUUGUGUGCAGGGCUUGUUUUGAUGAGCUACAAUCAGAGUACCUGAAACUGUGGCUGGUCCUGGACUACUCUGCAGAUGUCCUUUAUGUUGUGGACAUGCUGGUUCGAGCCCGGACAGGUUUCCUUGAGCAAGGCUUAAUGGUCAGGGAUACCAAGAGGCUGUGGAAACAUUACACAAAGACCUUGCACUUCAAGCUGGACAUCCUGUCUCUCGUCCCCACAGACCUGGCUUAUUUAAAGUUGGGUGUGAACUAUCCAGAACUGAGGUUCAACCGCCUACUGAGGUUCUCCCGGCUCUUUGAGUUCUUUGACCGCACAGAGACAAGGACCAACUACCCCAACGUGUUCAGGAUAGGGAACUUGGUUCUGUACACCCUCAUCAUCAUCCAUUGGAAUGCCUGCAUCUACUUUGCCAUUUCCAAGUUCAUCGGUUUUGGGACAGACUCCUGGGUCUAUCCAAACAUCUCCAAGCCGGAGUAUGGACGUCUCUCCAGGAAGUACAUUUACAGUCUCUACUGGUCCACCUUGACCCUGACCACCAUCGGUGAGACCCCACCCCCCGUGAAGGAUGAGGAGUAUCUCUUUGUGGUCAUAGACUUCCUGGUGGGCGUCCUGAUCUUCGCCACUAUAGUAGGCAAUGUGGGCUCCAUGAUUUCCAACAUGAAUGCUUCCCGGACAGAGUUCCAGGCUAAGAUCGAUUCCAUCAAGCAGUACAUGCAGUUCCGGAAGGUAACCAAGGACUUGGAGACUCGGGUUAUCCGCUGGUUUGACUAUCUGUGGGCUAACAGGAAGACGGUGGAUGAAAAGGAAGUGCUCAAAAACCUCCCAGACAAGCUGAAGGCGGAAAUUGCCAUCAACGUGCACCUGGACACGCUGAAGAAGGUCCGAAUCUUCCAGGACUGUGAGGCAGGGCUGUUGGUGGAGCUGGUGCUGAAGCUUCGUCCCACUGUGUUCAGCCCCGGGGACUACAUAUGCAAAAAGGGGGACAUUGGAAGGGAGAUGUACAUCAUCAAGGAGGGCAAGCUGGCUGUGGUGGCUGAUGAUGGGGUCACCCAGUUUGUGGUCCUCAGCGAUGGCAGUUACUUUGGGGAGAUCAGCAUCUUAAACAUUAAGGGGAGCAAGUCAGGGAACCGCAGGACGGCCAACAUUAGGAGCAUUGGCUACUCAGACCUGUUCUGCCUCUCCAAGGAUGACCUGAUGGAGGCCCUCACCGAGUAUCCAGAUGCUAAGAGGGCUCUGGAGGAGAAGGGUCGGCAGAUUCUGAUGAAGGACAACCUAAUUGAUGAGGACCUGGUCACAGCUAGGGUAGAUACCAGGGACAUUGAGGAGAAGGUAGAGUACCUGGAGUCGUCCCUGGACACCCUGCAGACGAGGUUUGCACGACUCCUUGCUGAGUACAGUGCCUCCCAGAUGAAGCUCAAACAGCGGCUCAGCCAGCUGGAGAGCCAGAUGAACAGGAGGGGUCAUGGCUUCUCACCUGUCAGGGAGAAUUCCGAGGACGCUUCAAAGACUGACUGA